AUGUCCCAGUCCGAUCAACCGACAGGCAAAGACAAUGCCGCAAAAGAGGCCGAGCCUCCCAUCGUGGGCCAGCACGAGCCCCAAAUUGAUUCAACUGAGGUUGACCAGGGUCUUGAAGCACUGAUAACUCUGACCGUUAAGCUGCCCCACGAGCCUGGUCAAAUGCAGAUUACGGUCUCUCCUCAAGAGCAGGUUCACGAGGUUCGACAGUCCAUCAUCGACUUGCCUGUGGCAUUUCAAUAUACCUGCUUCCAUCUCGAGCAUCAAGGCGAGCGCAUCAAUGAUUUUUUGCCCAUCUCCGAUAUUCAAGGCUUGAGCGAGGACCCCGAAGUUACGCUGGUUGAGGACCCUUAUACUGAGAAAGAGGCCCGGAUACACCUUGUGAGGAUUCGGGAGCUCAUUGGCGCUGCUGGAGACCGCACCGAUGCGGUCCAGGGCAUUCUGCCGGGUCUCUCCCUUCUCGACACUGUUGCACCCCAGUCUGAGGAGCAGCCUACUGGAGAGCAAGCUCAGCCCCAAGCGGUUAAGGAUACCAACGAGCAGUAUACUUUCGAUGCCACGGUUCCUAUCACGACUCUGUUGCCUCCAGUAGCUGAAGAGGAAGCCCCAAAGACAAUCAAAUCUAUAUCGUUGUCGCCCUGGAACCCUCCGCCCUGCCACUUGAAGCAACGGGGUCACCUUUUGUAUGUUGUGGCCACUACCAACGAAGGAGAGCAACACCAGAUCACGGCUCAUGUCGGCGGUUUCUUCGUCAACAAAUCAUCCAACCAAAAGUUUGAUCCUUUCCCCCGAGCUGCCCCCAAGGCCCACUCGGCUCACUCACUGUUGAACUUGCUCGACCUGAUCUCCCCUUCAUUCUCGGGCUCUUUCCUAAAGCUCCAGGACUUUAACAAUCGCAAGGAUCCUCUUGCGACUUUCCAAAUUACCAACGCUAUUCCAUCGGCACCCUGGAUUGUCCCCUCAGCUUCGUCUCCUCUCUGUGCGCAUACCGCCGACUGGACAAGGUCGCAAGAGACUUACCUAAUUGCUGGUGCCGACAAUACUGACACUUUGCGGGAUUGGAACGAAGAGUUUCAGUCGGCGAGAGAGCUGCCCAAGGAGACUGUACAGGACAGGGUUUUCCGAGAGCGUCUCAUGUCCAAGCUUUUCGCUGAUUAUAACGAUGCGGCUACUCGUGGCGCCGUGCUGGUCGCUCGUGGGGAAAUUGCUCCUCUAAACCCCACCGAGUGCAAAGAUGCUCAAAUCUUCGUUUAUAACAACGUGUUCUUCUCUUUCGGUGCCGACGGUGUUGGUACGUUUACUUCUGAAGGAGGUGACGAGGCUGCCCGAGUUGCAACUGGCAAAGAUGUUGCCGGUGUCAGACUAGUCAAUCAGUUGGAUAUUGACGGUCUAUUCACUCCGGCUACGGUUGUGGUUGACUACUUGGGCAAAAGGAUCGUAGGCCAGAGCAUCGUGCCCGGUAUCUUCAAACAGAGGGAACCUGGCGAGAACCAGAUUGAUUAUGGUGCUGUCGACGGCAAGGACGUUGUUGCCGCCGAUGAGAGAUUUGUCCCUGUCUUUGAGAAGUUGUCGCGCGCCCUCAAGGUUAAGAAGCAUGCUGUCUGGGACAAGGAUGGCAAGCGCGUUGAUCUCGAGGCUAGUGUGGAGACCAAGGGCUUGAUGGGAACCGACGGAAGAAAAUAUGUCUUGGAUUUGUACCGGGUGACACCUCUGGAUAUUGACUGGCUGGAAGAGCAGGGCAAAGAUUAUCAAGAAUAUCCGCACCGAAUGGCCGUCCUUCGCCCAGAGCUUAUUGACUCUUAUGGGAGGAAGAAAAUGAAAGCCUGGGUUGAUGAAGAACUCGCUCGACGCGGCCAGGCCAAAGAAGCGGCCAAGGAAGCGGCCAAGGAAACCUCGACAGAGGCUCAGAAAGUCGAACAGGUCACGACAAAGGACGAUGACAGUGACGACAGCGACGACAGCGAGGAGAGCGAGAGCGAAAGCGAAAGUGAGAGUGAGAGUGAGGAAGGGUCGGAGUCUGCCCAGAAGGUUGCCAAAGCUGAGAAGCCCAAGGAACUGGAGACGCAGGAGCCAAAGGAGUCGAAAGACCAUAUCGACCUUUCCAAGUUCCAAUUCUCUCUCAACCCUGAUGUCUUCAGUGGCCAGGCCCCGCAGACUGAUGCCGAAAAGUCUCAAAUGAAGCAGGAUGAACAAGACGUUCGUCUUGCCUGUGAAUAUCUUCAGGAGCAAGUUAUCCCUGAUCUUGUUCGUGAGCUCACGGACUGCGACAUUAGCUUCCCUAUGGAUGGCCAGUCUCUUGGACGGCUCUUGCACAAACGGGGUAUCAACAUCAGAUACACUGGCAAGGUUGCUGCUCUCGCCUCAGAUUCUCGCCUGCAAUGCUUGCGAGACAUUUGUGUGCAAGAUAUGGUCGCUCGAUCUUUCAAGCACGUCGCUGCCACAUACCUACGCCAUUUGCCCGCUCCAUUUACAUCGGCAUGUAUAUCUCAUCUCCUCAACUGUCUUUUGGGAUAUCAGUUGAAUUCUAAGCCAAACGCUGGUAUUGAUCCCACUUUAAGGUCUCUCUACUCUGAUGCGGAUCUGUCCUUCGAAAACCUCACACCUGAAGAUCUUCGAGCCAGCAUCGCGGAGCAGGCUCUGAAGAGGUUCAGAUACCGCCUCGACGCUGACUGGUACUCCAGCGUUAAGCCUUUACAGUUGCUGCGUGAAAUUUCCUUGAAGCUCGGCUUUCAGUUGCAAGCCAAGGAAUACAACUUCACCAGUAAGCCCCUCGAGCAAGCAGUCCCGGCUCCUACGACCAAUGGCACAGCCACCAACGGCCAGACUAAUGGCGAGGGCAACAAGAAGAAGAAGAAGAAGACUAUUAGGGACGCUUCGCCCACUUCUUCAUCCCCGGCGCCCCCAGCCACUACGUUUACCGCUGAUGACAUUGUCAACAUUGUGCCAGUUGUGAAGCACUCCUGCCCUCGUAGUGCUCUUGCUGAAGAGGCCUUGGAAGCGGGUCGCAUUUCCAUCAUGCAGAAUCAGCGCAAACUCGGCCAGGAGCUUCUUUUAGAAUCUCUAUCCCUGCACGAACAGAUUUACGGCAUUCUUCACCCGGAAGUCGCUCGCGUUUACAACACACUGUCCAUGCUUUACUACCAGCUGGAUGAGAAGGAAGCCGCCGUCGAGCUCGCUAGAAAAGCCAUCGUGGUUUCGGAGAGGACAGUUGGUGUUGACUCCGCCGAGACCCUUCUUAACUAUCUCAACUUGAGUCUCUUCUUACACCAAGCUGGCGACAGCCACGGCGCUCUUGUCUACGCCAAGCAUGCUCUGAAACUUUGGAAGAUCAUAUAUGGCCCCGAUCACCCCGAUUCCAUUACUACCAUCAACAACGGCGCCGUUAUGCUGCAACAUCUCAAGGCCUACCAUGAGUCUAGACUCUGGUUUGAGGAGUCUCUUCGUAUCUGCGAGAAUGUUUUUGGCAAGCAGUCUAUUAAUGCUGCUACUCUUCUCUUCCAGCUUGCCCAGGCCCUUGCUCUUGACCAGGACUCAAAGGGCGCUGUCAACCGGAUGCGUGAAUCUUACAACAUCUUCUUGAACGAGCUUGGCCCAGAGGACAAGAAUACAAAGGAAGCAGAAAGUUGGCUGGAGCAGUUAACGCAAAACGCCGUAUCCAUUGCUAAGCAUGCGAAGGAUGUGCAGGCACGACGUCUGCGUGCUGGCAUCCGUUUCACUCCUAAGGGCUCCCCUUAUGAGGCAUCAGCAGUCGCCCCUCGUCUUUCGACAUCGCAACCUACACAGUUGGACGGAUCGUCGCAUAUAGACUCCCGAAGCAUCGAUGAACUCAUCAAGUUUAUUGAGGGUACUGAUCAGCAGACUAAGCCCUCCAAGGGAAGGCCAAACAGGGGCAAUCCCAAGAGAAGGGGCAAGGCCUCAAAAUAA